AUGUCUACCCAGCAGAACAGUGGCCGUCUUGAGGCUCUCGAUGCCAAGAUGAAGGAGCUGAUUGAAGCAUUUGAGGCCAACCCUCAAAUUACCUCCCCCGUGCCCAACCCAACCGCCUUCUUCCUCUUCGACUUCGUCAAAAACACCUACAACACCCUGCAAACGAUCGAUGCUGCCAGGUACGCCUCCGGUGACCGCCAGGCCCUUGACGCCAUCCAAGAAGUCACGGGCCGCAACCAGUUCACCAGCGUCCUGAUCAACGAUUCCUCCGGCAAGCUGGCCCUCAUGACUGGCGGCGACCCAUCCCGCCCAUUCGACUUUGGUGCUACCAUCAAGGCCAAGGCCAAGGAGCUGGCUGAUAUCUAA